AUGGCGCCCGUCGACGCCAACUUUCGCAAUAAUGUGCAGGGCGAUCUGUUUAGCCGUGGAUUCCCGAAAAUCCACGAGACGUACUACUUUUUCUCGAUCGUCCAAGAGACAGUAUUCCCCCAGAAACUGACUGACCUGGGCAAAUCUAAUGAAAUAUCAAAUCUGACUAAAGUCCUUGACGAUUGGAAAAAGGUCGAUGCUACACCGAAAGGCGAGAUAAUCGACGUUUGUAACGCCUUGAUCGCUUUCUCGAUGGAAGGUUUGAGAAAGAUCCAAGCGGGUCUGGGUGGAGAUGAUCUGAAAUUGGCGAAAAUCAAGAUCUCGGAUCCUGCCUUUUUCUUGGGCAUGAAGCAAGAAGACCCAUCAAAGAUGCACGAUCCACCUCUGGAAGAAUGGCACCCGCUGUUCGGCCAGGACAUCCAUGGACUUUUGAAGAUCGCUGGGAGUGACCCAGCCAUAAUCAACACCAAGCUGCACAACAUUAAGGCGAUUCUUGGCCACGGGACGGUCAUCAAUGAUAUUGUCUACUCGUCAGAGCCAACAACCGAGAACUCCAGGGUGGAUGGUCAAGUCAGACCUAAAGAUAAACAGCUCAACGGCCGUGAACACUUCGGUUUCGAGGAUGCGAUUUCCCAACCCUUGCUGGAAGGCAUUGAUGAUAUUGAUCGGCCUGCCGUCUUCGCCAAGGACGUACUCAUGCACACCGCACAAAGGGUAAUCACGGCCUCGAAUGACCCGCCUGGGUUGCACCCGAAGCCGGAAGCGCAAGGCAACGCUUUCAAGCGUCCAGACUGGAUGUUUGACGGCAGUUUCCUCGUCUUUCGCAAGCUUGAACAGGACGUUGCAGGUUUCAAUAAAUUUAUUGAGCAGAACCACGCCAAGGCACAUUGCGACAAUGCUCCACUCUUUGCUGCGAAGUUGAUGGGGCGUUGGCCGAGUGUGGCACAGGUGCACCCGUCAUCAUGUAAUUUUGAAAAGGACAUAGCAACCGAUCCUAAAGGCGACAACAGCUUCAAGUUUACGGACAAUCGCAUAUGUCCGAUGGCCGCCCAUAUCCGCAAAAUGAAUCCUCGCGAUGACGACCUUCAAUUCGCCCUCAAUGCCCGCAUUAUCCGGAGUGGCAUCCCGUAUGGAAAGGAAUAUUCCGAAGCGCCGACAAACAAGCGUGGUCUGCUCUUCGCAUGCUAUCAAAGUAGCAUUGACAAUGGUUUUCGAUUCCUCCAAAUCGCUUGGGCAAAUAAAGAUAAUUUUCCCAGAGAUAACGCUGGAUACGACGUUUUCGUGGCUCAACGGGGACCCCAUGUGAAAUUGACAUGCAACUUUGAAGGCGAGGACCAUAAGGUAACCACAAUUAGCGACAUCUCGAGCCUGGUGACGAUGAAGGGUGGGGAGUAUUUCUUUGUGCCGUCCAUUUAUGCAUUGACGAGCAAACUGGGCAAAGCUUAG